UGACAAUCGACACUUUUGGAAACUGUCUCGAAUGCUAUUAAUGAUCGUGGCGUUGGCAAUUCAUGUAAAUUAUUUUAAAUGACGUUACAGAUAAGAAAAAAAAUAUGAAUUAGUUUUAAAAAGUUACUCAGUUCCCUCAAACAUUUCUUACAAAUCCUUCAAAACUUAGAAUUUACCGAUGGCGAUGCAAAAUUCCUACUGUGAUCACACAAAAUUCCUACUGUGAACAAGAUUUAACUUUACUUUAAAAUAAUACUCGAAUAUUUUUUACUAUUUAGAUAUGAGGAUGUGUAAGGGCGUUUGGAGUCUUCUGUGUAUGUCGUGGAUAAUAGUGGUAUUUCUCAGUGAACUAGGGGAUCCAGUGUUCGGUGGAGAAUGUCGAAGUGACGGAUUGUUUAAAGGCGUACUAGACAGUGAGUAGAUUUUGUUAUCUUGGUACGUUGAAGCUGUUUUCAAUUACGGUUUUCGUUUUAUUCUGGCGAAAUUUGCCACACCUUUUACCAAAACCAAAUUCUAUUCUUGUUGGGAGACUCGGGUUCCAUCCUUGCUCGGACCUCUAGUCAAGGUCUUAAAAUAAUUGAGGAGAAAGAGCUAUGAAGACAUUGACAUCAGUAAAUGGUUAGACUUUCGCGUCUUCUCGGAUAAGGACGUUAAAUCGUAAGUACCUCGGAUCCCCUAUCAAUUGGUCAAUAACCUGUUGGGAAAUCCGCUCACCAAUGAGGGAGAAACUCAAUGAACUAAACUUUACAUUUUGCGUUGGCUAACUUUGUAUAUAGAUGCCCGCUUAAAGAAUUACGCCAUUUCCUCGCAAGACGUCCACGCACUGCAAGACUGUGUCGUAGCAUGUAUGAAUGAUGCACAAUGUAGUUCGUAUAACUUUCAAGUCAGCGGUGUUCUUCUACACAAAUGUGAACUGAAUUUUAAAUCAAGAUCAGCAGCGCGACCUGGGAGCCUGGUACGAGAGGAUGGAUUCCAGUAUUAUGAGGCAAUAGAUUCGUUGGAGGUUUGUAAUAGUCAACCAAUCCAGUUCUAGGAGUUCAUCAAGACUGACUCUUACUGCACCUCUAUAUAGAACAGUUUAGAACUGGUAGAGCUAUCCAGUAUAAAUAAAAUUAGUUUAGUUUAGGUUUCCUCCUGUAGUAACACUGGAUCAAUAAGAGAUGAUCCUUACUAAACCUCUAGGAAGAACAGUUUAGAACUGAUAGAGCUAUCCAGUAUAAAUAAAUUUAGUUUAGUUUAGGUUUCCUCCUGUAGUAACACUGAAUCAAUAAGAGAUGAUCCUUACUGGACCUCUAGGAAAAACAGUUUAGAACUGAUAGAGCUAUCCAGUAUAAAUAAAGUUAGUUUAGUUUAGGUUUCCUCCUGUAGUAACACUGGAUCAAUAAGAGAUGAUUCUUACUGGACCUCUAGGAAGAACAGUUUAGAACUGAUAGAGUUAUCCAGUAUAAAUAAAGUUAAUUCAGUUUAGGUUUCUUCCUGUAGUAACACUGGAUCAAUAAGAACUCUAGGGGGAGCAAUUUAGAACUGACAGAAUUAUCCACCCAACAUGAAAUAAAGUUCUACAACACUGUAAAUAUGGAUGAAUUUAUUGUGCAUGAGAGAACAACUUCUUAUUUCAGACCAAAAACUUGACGUGUGAAACCGCUGACUGUCUGAACGGCGGAACAUGCAAGGAGACUUGUGGGAUGUCCUUCACCUGUGAAUGUCCUGCCUCCUUUACUGGAACAUUUUGUGAAUCACCAAAGACUGGUAUGUUAACACGACUGAAGAUAGAGCGUUACCCCUUUCCACAGAAUUAAGUCUGCUACAGUAGGUUGAGGGGAGGGUAUUUAACAUUUAAAUGGGUUCAUCAGUUAGAGCACUCCACCGGAAUUGCAGAUUCGAUUCCUGCCAGAGGGUCUAUAGUUGCAUUUUUCACAACUGCUCCUGGUUAGAUCUAAGAAAUGUAUAAAAUUCCGUUUACAAAACCCGUCAACAAUUAGUUAUAUCCAGUGAGACGCCCACAAUCCUGACAAGGGAUGCCGGAACCACGGGUGCAGCGGGUGCAAGUGCACCCCUUGCCUUUUGCAUUUUCAACUUUGUGGGUGCAGUGUGGGUGCAGACUAUGGGUGCAACCGGUGCACAAAACUUUUACAACAGACAGGAUUAAACGUCGCUCGAGGAUGUGUGUGGGAGUGUUCUACCCCCCAGUUGUCAGGAAGUCGGCAAAGUUGUUAUCCAUUUGGCGAAAGGUGAGCUGGGAAAGCAUUACUUAUGGAAUUUUUGGUGAGAAAUUACGGAGGAAUUGUGCCUAAAUAAUUGCAUUCGGUCCAAAAAAAAUUGGUAAGCGGGAGGGAGGUCGACACGAAUGUUGGAUCAUGCCGCCCUUUCAUUUUCAUUGGUGUCCUUUUGUUAACCAAUUGCACCCCUUGCCCUCAGCAACUUCCGGCAUCCCUGAUCCUGACACGAUUUCUUUCAACUGUAUCCGUCACAUCUCUUCACAAAGAAGUAAAAGACCUCUUCUUUUUCAAGUGUUUACAAGAUCUUUAUGAUCUAGAUGUGUCUUCUUUUUCAAGUGUUUACAAGAUCUUUAUGAUCUAGAUGUGUCUUCUUUUUCAAGUGUUUACAAGAUCUUUAUAAUCUAGAUGUGUCUUCUUUUUCAAGUGUUUACAAGAUCUUUAUGAUCUAGAUGUGUCUUCUUUUUCAAGUGUUUACAAGAUCUUUAUGAUUUAGAUGUCUCUUCUUUUUCAAGUGUUUACAAGAUCUUUAUGAUCUAGAUGUGUCUUCUUUUUCAAGUGUUUACAAGAUCUUUAUGAUCUAGAUGUGUCUUCUUUUUCAAGUGUUUACAAGAUCUUUAUGAUCUAGAUGUGUCUUGUUUUUCAAGUGUUUACAAGAUCUUUAUGAUCUAGAUGUGUCUUCUUUUUCAAGUGUUUACAAGAUCUUUAUGAUCUAGAUGUGUCUUGUUUUUCAACUGUUUACAAGAUCUUUAUGAUCUAGAUGUGUCUUGUUUUUCAAGUGUUUACAAGAUCUUUAUGAUCUAGAUGUGUCUUCUUUUUCAAGUGUUUACAGGAUCUUUAUGAUCUAGAUGUCUCUUCUUUUUCAAGUGUUUACAAGAUCUUUAUGAUCUAGAUGUGUCUUCUUUUUCAAGUGUUUACAAGAUCUCUUUAUGAUCUAGAUGUGUUUUCUUUUUCAAGUGUUUACAAGAUCUUUAUGAUCUAGAUGUCUCUUCUUUUUGAAGUGUUUACAAGAUCUUUAUGAUCUAGAUGUGUCUUCUUUUUCAAGUGUUUACAAGAUCUUUAUGAUCUAGAUGUCUCUUCUUUUUCAAGUGUUUACAAGAUCUUUAUGAUCUAGAUGUCUCUUCUUUUUCAAGUGUUUACAAGAUCUUUAUGAUCUAGAUGUCUCUUCUUUUCUCACUUUCUCUUCAGACUCUGUUUCUCGCACUCGUUCAAACCAACAAAGGUUACUAACUCUUAAUUUUUGCAGAACUUCUCUUUUUAGAGACUCAUUUCUUAACCGGAUUGUAUUUCUUUGGAACAGUCUUCCUGCUCAUAUCAUUGAAUGUACCUCUAUUUCAAACACAAUAUGUAUUCUCACUACCUUUCUAAACUUGAAUCCACCUUUGAAGUCAAUCGAAUGCAAUUAUCGCUCCUAGUUAUCGCAGGUUUCAUUCCUGCCAGCAUGGAUAAUAAAAUAAAUGGAUUGGAAACUUCUGACGUCAUUGACUGCAUCCUUGUUGAAAAACGUGACGUCACGCGUAUUGCGAAUGUUACCAAAGUUCUCGGCAUAUUUGUUGUUUUGCUAUAUUUUCCACUUUAAAAGGGUGAUCUUGAAGCGUAAACUGGUCUAAUUGUUUUAAAAACAUGCCUAAGCCACGACAAAGUAUUCAAGGUAAAUGUUUUUCGUCUUUGUUUUGUAUUUUUUUACAUUUGUAGCUACGAAAUUGGCGUCACAAAUUUUAACGAAAUUUGCGAUGUAGUUUUCACUGUUUAGUGCUUGAGAUAUUUACUAAAAUUGACUGGGAAUACUUAGAGUUUUCAUCGUAGAAUGGCGUGGUUACAUUCAUUUGCUCUUUGACUAAAAUGUUUAGCUGUAUUAUUGCUAAACAUGCCGUUUUUGAGAAUUUGAUUUUCAACUAGGUUGAGGCACAGAAUGGUUGAGGCAUCCAACCACGCCAUCAAUCCCAGUAAAAACAUUAGGUCACGUCAGCUAGUUUCCUAUCCAUUUAUUUUAUUAUCCAUGCUGUCAGGGACCUAAAGUUGCAUUUUUUGCGGCUGUUCCUGGUUGGGUCUAAUUAAUGUAUAUAAAUUUCCACUUGAUAAUUUCCAUCUGCAACACUUUUCGACAAUUAUUCAAUCGAGUGUGAUGCCAACAAAAUGUUGAUGUAUAACUAUUAAGAAGAGAUUUUUUUGUAUGUUACGUAACACGCGCUUAAAACUAAUGUGUAUAAUAUAUCACUUCAUUCACUUGAGGUUAUGACUAAAUUCAAAAUUUUUAUUUUUCGAUACGUUCCUCAAUCGGCAAACAAGAUGAUACGCCAAAGAGAAAAUGAUGUCUGAAGUUCAGUUAGUUUUGCUUAUAUGGCUGUAACUAUGGCGUCAAUUUUAAAGCAUCAUUGAUAAUAGUAUUUUAAUUGACAAUUUUUAACUAUUAUUUUAUGUUUCCCAGCCGGCAGAUGCAUUUAAAAAGGUUGCUAACUGUAUAAACUAGAGAAUAACGCUAAAACAAAGUAAUUUUGAGAGGAACGCCAAAAAGAUUUUAGGUUUUGAACACUUUUCAUUGCAAAUACGUGACAUUGAAAAAAAUUGCCUCUUAACUAUUAACUAUUGUUGUCUAUCUUGGCUUGGUCUGGAAAUAGGAUUCUUGUUUUGUUGACAAAACCUCCAACCUUAUUUUCUUUUUAUCUAUGUGUAUAUUCUCAAAUUUAAUAUCUAGUUAUUCAUGUAUCCAAUGUGUUGUUUGUUAUAUUAUGUUUUGUGCUGAACUUUGCUGUGAUUCUCUGCAGGGAAUUUUCUUCUGAACUACCACGGGAGUACAAUGAAUCAUCACACGUCAGUGUCAGUGACGGGAGAAGAUUUCCAAUAUCUCGCUGUGUAUGUCUGGGUGAAGCCAAGUUCUAGUGAUGGUGUAGUGUUUAGUUAUGCCACAGAUAGUAAUCCCAGGGAAAUGGCGCUAUUGUUUAAUGAAACGAAUGUCGUGCUACAUUUGGGAGGUCAAGUUGUGUAAGUGUCGUGGUUGAUCGUGUUGUUUAUAUAUCGUACCAUAUACCAUGCCCUGCCAUUGCGUACAGUACCAUACCAUACCAUGCUACUACUGGGCAGUUGAUCCUUCCCAGAGAUCUAGUAAAAAUAUCUCGUAUUGAUCCAGUGUUACUGCAGGAGGAAACUUGGGUUAGACUAACACCCAACAAACUAUACAUAUACAUGCGAAACCACUAAAAAUGAACUGAACAUUGUAUAUUUUAGAACUUUCGACAGCAGCCUAUCGGAAAACGAAUGGACUCAUCUUUGUUUUAUCUUAUCUGACAAAACCAAGUUGAGUUUUUUUAUCAACAGCUUGCAGCUUCAAAAGACCACUGUUUUAUCGCAUGAAGUUACCAUUAAAGGAACUGGGACAUUGGUGCCUGCCUUUGACCAAACUUCUCCUGGUGUUGUCAACAUAAGCUCGGGAUCUCAUCUAUACUUGACAAGAUUAUAUAUCAAAGAUACUUCAAGUCUUGAUGAAUUUGAGAUUCUUCGUGUUGUCAACGAACCGAAAUUUGCCAUGUUAAAUUCGGAGCCGUUUCGUGUCGACUGGAAAAAGUUUUACCACACGAAAUCCAACAGUAAUUCUCCUUUGAUUGCACCGAGCGACGAACCAGAUAUUGGUAGGUCUAUUUUUCUACAACAGUACCCACACUGGACCACCACUUUGAGAUAUCUGUCCAGGUAGUUCAGACACAAACCACGGCAGCUUAUUGUAGAAUACUACCUACACUGGACCACCACUUUGAGAUAUCUGUCCAGGUAGUUCAGACACAAACCACGGCAGCUUAUUGUAGAAUACUACCUACACUGGACCACCACGUUUGAGAUAUCUUUUUCAGGUAGUUCAGACACAAACCACGGCAGCUUAUUGUAGAAUACUACCUACACGGCUACACUGGACCACCACGUUUGAGGUAUCUUUUUCAGGUAGUUCAGACACAAACCACGGCAGCUUAUUGUAGAAUACUACCUACACUGGACCACCACGUUUGAGGUAUCUUUUUCAGGUAGUUCAGACACAAACCACGGCAGCUUAUUGUAGAAUACUACCUACACUGGACCACCACGUUUGAGAUAUCUUUUUCAGGUAGUUCAGACACAAACCACGGCAGCUUAUUGUAGAAUACUACAUACAUUGCAUGGACCAGUGGACCACCACGUUUGAGAUACGUGUUAAAACAAUCGUUUUCUUUUAGCGAACUACGAUUUGCAAUUCUUUAAGAACGCUACUGUGGAAGUAGAUAUUUCAUAUGAACGUCCAAUUGAAACAUUUGUUUUGGCAAUGUGGAUCCGAGUUGAUAGCGCUAUCCAAAGCGCAGAUAUUUUUGCACUUGAAUCUGAAUCCAGCAACAUAGUGUUGGGCGUAAUACAAGACGAUGGUAACAAAGGCUAUAAAUUUCAAGCUGAUGGCGAUGUUGAGAGGUUAGUUUUUUUUUGAAGAGAAAUAUAUUUUCUAAAUCUGAUGUAUCGAGCCAUUCUUUUCCAAUUUAGGUCUUUUGCAAAUGUUAUAACUGACACCCGUUGGUUUCAUAUGUUAUGGUACUGGCGAAGUUCAACAGGAAACCUUCUCUUCUAUAAAAAUGGCAAUCAAAUGUCCGAGAUUACAGAUGUCCUGAAGACGCAGUCCUUGCCACCAAUCAUUAAUGGUGCACUUAAGAUUGGCGAUGAAGAUUUUGAUGGUGAUAUCACAAGUCUUAACCUGUGGUCCUUUGAGAUUUCUCUGAAUAGAAUUGUGACAUUGGCUUUGAAUCCUGGAAAUGCUGCUGGCGAUCUGUUUUCAUGGAAAAGUGUCGAGGAGGCAGGUUAUGUAGUGUCUGCUCCAUCGAAAUGUCACAACAGACCAGGUUAGACUUGCCAGUCACGCGACCAUGGUUAGCUGGGCCUGGUUGUAUAAAAAAGUGAUUAAAGUUAACUAUAGUUAGUGGAAACGUCACCCAAUAAGAAGCGCGUAUUUGACAAUUAAUCACUAUUUAACUACAAAAUAGUGAUUAAAAAGUGAUUAAGAGUGUUAUACGACCGGCCCCUGUUCUUAAUGCUUUCCCAAUACCAUCAUGUAUUCUAUUUAAGUUAAAAAAUAGUUGGAACACUUAUCAAACCUUUAUUUUGUUAAUGUAGAGAAGACGCGGAUCUAGCCUCGUAUGCAAGGCGGGGUGCAGGUUUUCCAUGGGGUGGUGCAUGAUGAAGCCUUUAACGCUACCAUCCCAACAUUACCAUUAUUUGAGAUGACCGAAUUUGCAUGUCCGCUGUUCUGUUAUGUUUUACAUUAUCUUUCGUUUAUAAAGUUUAUACAUCGGCUUUUUAUCACAUAUGCGUGACUGCUACUGUAGCACAGUACAGUAAAUUUGAAAAUAUGGCUGUAUAACAACCUUGACAUGUUUACAUUUUUAACCAUGAUAUUUAAACUAAAGCAUUCUGAGUAUUUUCUCGUGAGCUCAAAAAUCCAUAGAAUCAUUUCAAGAAAUCGACACACACUAAACAUUAGAAGUUCCGCUAUUCGAAAAGCAGAAAAUGUAUGGUCAAGUAUAUUCUUUUAGGGUGGUGUUGGACUCCUCGGGGAGGGGGGGGGGGUGCGCACCCUAUCCUGAUCUAGAGCUUAAAAUGGCCCCUGUAACAAUUCGUGAAUUUCAACUCUCAUCAACUCUCAUUGUUUGUUAACAAUUAAGUUGCAUCAAAUUUUUCAUCCUGAACUUGUAUUCCACAGGUGAGUUUGACCUGAUAUUCCCAGAAGCAGAUCCAAGCAUUAAGAACAUGAUUUCCAUGACAAGUUCACUCACAACUACCUUCAAAACGAUCACGGCCGCGUUUUGGAUCAAAAUUCCGUCUUCAUCAAAUGAAUUCACUUUGAUCUCGUACGCUGUACCAAGUCAAGUGAACGAGUUCAGUGUUCAUUUUGGAACCACUGGAAUGUGGACCUAUCUUCAUGGAAACCGGAGGUAAUCUACUAUUAAUUAGUUUGCAGUAAUAAAUUUACGUGGUGUUUCCACAAACAAAAACAAUUAUAUUAAUUAGUUGUUCCAGGUCUGUAAACAAGUUGUUACAAAUCUGUUCACAAGCUGUCAACAAGUUGUGUUCGCACUGCUUGUUCCCAGUUGUUGUAACAAGUUUGGAACAGGCUGUCAACAACUUGGAACAAGUUUGAUGGCAUUAUCCGACUUGUUACAAGAUUGUUCUAACAAGUUUGAUACAGUCAUGAUAUACCAAUAAUGUUACAAGGUUGACGACACAAGCUAGGUUGUAACAAUAUUGUUAUAACUGAUAAUAUCAACAAGGUUGUGUUAAAAGUUGUCUACAGCUUGUUCCAUAUUUGUCGACAACUUGGGACAAGCAGCGCGAACACAACUUGUUGACGACUUGUUGGCAGACUUGCUACAAGAUGUGAAAUGUUAUGCAAUAUGCAAUUGUGUGAUUACGUUCAGUUCAAGACGAGCGUACACAUUUUAACAAACCUGCAGCAGACUUGUAACAAUGUUGUUCCAACAACUUGUCAACAGGAUGUGUUCGCACUGCUUGUUCCCAGCUUGUUGACAACUUGCUACAAGGUUGUUGAGUUCAACAGCUUUGUUACAAGUUGUUCCAAAAACUUGUUAUCGUCCUGCAAUUCAACAAUUUGUCAACAAGUUGUGAGUGACAAUCUUGUAGAAAGUUGACAAAAUAACAGCAUUGUUACAACUUGUUGACAAGCUUGCUACAAACCUGUUGCGAACACAUCUUGUUGACAAGUUGUGAGAUUUUUACGUGUGUGCAAAUCGAGCUAUUUAUUUUUCAGUUUCGUAUCACUGGUGCUCUCUAGUCUUGUUGGAAAAUGGCAACAUUUCGUGAUAGCCUACUCGUCAAGCGCUGGUAACCUGUAUGUGUUUCACAAUGGUGAACGAAUCCUGAAAAGCACCGUCUCAACAUAUUCGAUCACAGCAACCGAUGCCUUUCUCGUAGUUGGCGCCCAACAAAGCGGCUACAAAAAGAUAAGCGAGCCUAGAUUCCAAUUUGUUGGUGAGCUUUCUCAGUUACAAAUAUAUCGAAGGCUGUUUGCUGCCGGUAUGAUUCGUACGUUGGCUAACCGAUGUUGGAGCACUCCGGGGAAUUUCUUCGAAUGGGUCGAAAUUAGAAAAAAUGUUCAAGGAAACGUGAAAACGCGCAAUCCAUCUGAGUGUAUCAAAGUGAAAAACGGUGAAACUUAUUAACAAUAUUGAUGACGUAAUAUAUGAGGUUAUUGAAGAAGUUAUACUGUAACUAGCGGUAUUCUACUUUAUAAAAUAACAUGUAUAUAACGCGUAUUCUGAUUGGUCGAAAGCCGUGUUUGGAUCAGGCCAUCCAAACACGGAAGACUUCCGUGUUGUUGUUAUUUUAUAAAACAAUUACUUUAUGGUUUCCGUGUUUGGAUG